ACCGCGGAAUUCGUAGCUUCCAUUAUCUCCCUUCCUUCACAUACAUGUACUCAAGGCUGACAUGAUGACGCGUUCCAGGCGGCAAAGGGACCAUGCGCCGGAAAAUUGUUCGCAAAACCAAGCCCUCUGCCGCACAAGAUGACAAAAAACUUCAAGGCGCCCUCAAGAAACUCAAUGUGCAGCCUAUUCCUGGUGUAGAGGAGGUUAAUAUGUUCAGGGAAGAUGGAAACGUGCUGCAUUUCACUGCCCCAAAAGUACAUGCCGCGGUCUCCGCCAACACGUUUGCGAUCUAUGGAACAGGUCACGUCAAGGAGCUGACUGAGCUCGUCCCUGGAAUCUUGAACCAACUUGGCCCUGAUUCGCUGGCAUCGCUCCGCAAACUUGCGGAAUCAUACCAGGCCAUUCAGCAGGGUCAGCAGAGGCCACCUAACGCUGGUGCUGCUGAAGAUGAUGAUGAUGACGUGCCUGAUCUCGUCGAGAACUUUGAUGUUGAGGGUGAACAGGCUGCCGCCGAGGAGAAGAAAGACACCCUCGAGGACGUAAACUGAGUGCGCAGGCUGCGUGGUGUAGGUGGCGUGGAGGGGAGUAUUUGUCAUAUCGGUGUCGAGAGUUGAUUCAAUGGGCAGUGGGGAGUUGGAAUAAAAUGACGGACAAGUAUCCGGGUAACUACUAGCUUCUCUGCCUUACCAUAAGUUUCCGUUCACGCAUUGUAUCGACAAGACCUUC